UAUCAAAUUAAUUUUAAUAAUUAAACAUAAUUUAUAAUUAAAUGCUAGUUUAAAAAAAUGUCUGCGAAUACAGUUUUAUGAAUGGGAUUUUAUCCUACAAACACUGACUUAACAUUAUGUAAAAAAAUGGAUGAAGAUUGUUCUUUGAUCACAGAUAAAGGACUCGUACAUUCUGUUGUUAUCUCUGACAUCAUCAUGAGAUUAUCUCUGCUUUUAGCACAUCUGCUGGUGCUCUUUUCAGUUUUGGCACUUGUCAGAACACAAACAACUGCAAAGCUACUGGCAGACCCCUCUUAUGACCCCUGCAAUAAUUACACUGUGCUGAAUGAUUCAUGGAGAUCCACCAAGAAUACAUACAACAGCUCUUUACUAUAUUGUGACCAAUAUGUCAACUGGUUCGGCUGGUAUCGUCUCUUCAUUAAUGGUCAGAGUGCACAGAUGCCAGACACGUGUGUUGCAAUGUAUAGUUGUGGCGCUCAGGGUCCCCUGUGGCUGAGUGGAGGACAUCCAACAGUUCAGGAUGGAGUGGUCACUCGAGAUGUCUGUGCUCGUGAUACCAGCUGCUGUAAUGUUAAAGCCCGUCCAAUUAGAGUCAAAGCCUGUCCAGGAGGUUAUUAUGUCUAUGAGUUAGUUAACCCAUCAAUUGGCUGCUAUAACGCAUACUGUGCAGAUGUUGCGAACAAUACUGCCACUCCAGUGACAACCUUAGCUGCACCAGGAAUCUUCUACACAUUCGGUUCCUCAGCAGGAGAUGCAAUAAAUCCUGCUGAUGAUGAUGGAGGCUCCUCUGCUAUUACACUGCUAAGUCCAUUUCAGUUCUUUGGCCGCACAUACCAGCAGAUUUAUGUUAAUAAUAAUGGACACCUCACAUUCAGCCAGGCUUCUUCCGAGUUUGUUCCCUACUCAUUUCCUGCUUUUGGAAGUCAAGAUAUAAUUGCUGGACUCUGGACUGACCUUGAUAACCGAGUAAGAGGAGUCAUCUCUUAUCAUCAAUACACUAAUGGAAGUGUUCUCACUCGCGCCACUCAGGAUAUCAACAGUUAUUUCCCAAAUCUGACCUUCACUGCUUCUUGGGUUUUUGUUGCAACGUGGGAUAAAGUCGCUUACUUCAGCUUGACCAACACAGAAACAUCCUUUCAAGUGGUUUUAAUUUCAGGCGGUAACUAUUCAUUUAUUCUGAUGAAUUAUGGGGACAUUGCUGUAACAAGACACCAAGUAGAGGCUGGUUAUGACACUGUGACCUCCACAAACUACUUUGUGAUUCCUGGAUCAAUCAAUGGGAGCUCCAUCUUAAACCUUAACACCUCCAGUAAUGUCGGAGUUCAAGGCCGAUGGGCCUUCAGGGUGGACAGUGGACCAAGAAGCAACAUCUUUAAAAGAGUUGUUGGACUUCAAGUAAGGUUUUCCUCAUUUGUAGACCUCACACAGAAUGGAAACACUGAUAUCGUUUUACAGCAAGUCAAACAGGAGCUGGUCAGAUACGGUCUGCCAAACAACAUAAUGAUAAAAGUUAGAAAAGUGCAGAAGAUAAAUCUGUAAACAGUGUGUUUUUUUUUUAAGAAAAAGAAAACAUAAAACAAACUAAACCUUUGCAUUUAGGAUUUAUAUCAAACCUCACUAGAGAUGCAAAAUUUCACAACCCAGUACCCAGAAACACCCAUACACGAGGGCAAAUUUAGUUUAUUCAAUUCACCUAUAGCGCAUGUGUUUGGACUGUGGGGGAAACCGGAGCACCUGGAGGAAAUCCACCCCAACA